AUGCCAAAAAGAAACCAGUGCCAACGGACCAGGGCUUUGCAAGGGUGUGUGUUGUGCUUGCUUGGCUCUCUGACGCCUGGUCCUGCAGUUUCUGGCGCAUCCUUUUGGUGGAAUGCCGGAUAUCCUCGACAGUUACUCCGGAGUGUCGCGGAGGUUGAGUUUUUGUCACACCUUGCCGUGCUUUUGGCACCGGACCAGCCGAUCGCAGAGCUAUUUCGUGAUUUUUGUGUUGAGCCAUCCGAGAACUGGGCGUCAAGCCGUUUGAGCCCGGACUUGGCGGUGCCUGGUGUCUUGAAAGAGAAGAAUGCCGUGUUGUUCCUAGAAUAUGAUGGAUACUACCGGCAUCAGCUACCCUCCGGGAUUGCCGCAGACGAACGCAAGAAUGCAGCUUUGAUGCAUUAUGCGCCAGCAGGCUCGCGAGUCGUAAGGGUGGCCCACGCCGGCCGGAAUGUCUCCAGAGGCGACGACAGAGUAAUCGAAGUUGUGGUGAGUACUUGGCAGCCUGGCACCCAAAGAUCCCUGAGGAGAACUGUAUGGCAACUCGCACAGCAUUUAUCCAGCAAGUUGCAUGGUCUGCUGCGUCCUGCACCAAGAGCACGUAUUCUCGAAGUUCCUCACCCUGGCCAGGUUGAUCUGGAGCCUGCGCAUUCUUUCGUUCAGGAAGCUACACUCUCAGGCGGAGGUGGGACAGCAGAGAGCAGGAGGACUGAGGUCCUCGCAUUUCUUCAAGAAGUCAUCGCUUUGCCAGAGGCUGUGGCUGAGGCAGCAUUGCGGAAGUUCCCUCCGUUGCUUGGGUGCAGCAUCGAGGCCAACCUGAAACCCACUGUGGAUUGGCUGCACGAUUUGGGUCUGAGCAAGGCCCAAGUGUCAAAGGCCAUUGCCAAGUAUCCUCGUUUGCUUGGGUACAGCAUCGAGGCAAACUUGAAACCCACUGUGGAGUGGCUGCACGAAGUUGGGUUGAGCAAGGCCCAAGUGACCAAGUCCGUCGCCACUUAUCCUUCACUGCUUGGUUUGAGCAACGAGGCAAACUUGAAACCCACAGUGGAGUGGCUGCACGAAGUUGGGUUGAGCAAGGCCCAAGUGACCAAGGCCAUGGCCACUUAUCCUUCACUACUUGGUUUGAGCAUCGAGGCAAACUUGAAACCCACUGUGGAGUGGCUGCACGAGGUGGUUCUGAGCAAGGCCCAAGUGACCAAGGCCAUCGCCACUCAUCCUCAGUUGCUUGGGUUGAGCAUCGAGGCGAACUUGAGACCCACUGUGGAGUGGCUGCACGAGGUGGGUCUGAGCAAGGCCCAAGCGUACAAGGCCAUUGCCACCUUGCCUCAAUUGCUUGGGUACAGCAUUGAGGCCAACUUGAAACCCACUGUGGAGUGGCUGCAUGAAGUUGGAUUGAGCAAGACCGAGGUGUCCAACAUGAUUGCAACCUUUCCCCAGCUGCUCGGGUUGAGUAUCGAAGCGAAUCUGUCUCCAAAGUUGUUUCUUUUGCAUGGUUAUUUCUCUCCAGCUGUUUGCAGGGACAUCAUCGCCGCAUUUCCUCGACUGUUUUCUUACAGCCGAGAUCGGCUGCAGGAUCGCUUGGCAAUUCUGCACAACCAUCAGCUGGUUUCGAAGCUUCUCUCUGUCAUAACUUUGACGAAUGCUCGCUUUGCCCGGAGAUUUCCCACAGCACCGCUGUCUCAAAGGCAGCGCAUGUCACACGCCCACGGUGCGAAGGCAGCUCAGUGCAGAAAUGCGCUCCUUGGUCGGGGAAGUUGUGUUCUUCUCGCCUUCAAGAGUCAGAGACUAGGUGACUAUACCCAUAGGCCAGCUCCGAAGGUGGAGAUUACACCGGUGGAGACCGAGGUGGGAACCAAGAAGGUUAUCACCAAGCCUCCACGGCUCCUUACUCAGGAGGACUGCGAGACGCUGCUGUCGAAGGGAAAGUAUGACCUUUUGGUGGUGGGAAGCCCAUUAGAUCCACCGAAGAGCAGCAGCACUGCAGAUGUCAUCGCGCAGCAGUCGGCAGUGGACAAGUUCCUCUUCCUCUUGCUUCAGUCGAUGAUGAAGCAUGAAGGCUGCGUGCAGCGGUUGGCGGUGCUCACUCAUGACACCUUCACAGUGGAGGAAGCCUCACACAAGCAGCGCGGUUUGAGCAUCGUGUCUGGA